AUGCACCUUUCUCUCUCGAAAAUCUCGCCUCGAGGCCUCAAGCCUUACGCGGCCGAGUUUCUCGGGACCGCCUUGAUCAUCGUCAUCGGCGACGGAGUGGUUGCCCAGGCUCUGCUUUCCAACUACCAGUAUGGUACUUGGCUCUCGAUCAACCUGGCCUGGGCAGCAGCGGUCUGUCUGUCCGGCUACCUGGCCGAUCCCAGUCCGGUCUGCAAUCCAGCCAUCUCAAUCAUCAUGGCUUUAGUGCGACCACAGCCUGACCAGUGGAGGAGACUUCCAGGCAAGCUGCUAGCCCAGCUCUUGGGAGGUUUUAUGGGUGCUGCCAUCGUCUACAUCAAUUACCGUUCAGCUAUCCAGGCCUGGGAUCCCGAGUACACGAUCCCCGGAGGAUCAAUUCUCAGUCCUCUCGGGCAUCACUCGGCCGGUAUCUUUUGCACCUAUCCGGCCGCCUUCUUCUCUUCGAAUUGGGAGGCUGUCUUCAAUGAAGUGCUCGGGGCGUCCGUACUCAUGUUUGGCGUCUUGAGCAUAUCCGACCCUGCCAACGCGCACCGCUUCCAGUCGCCGCAGCUCUCUAUGUUUCUGCUCCUGGUUGCCAUUGGCGCUGCUGUGGGCUGGCAGACAGGAUACGCGAUUAAUCCAGCGCGUGAUUUUGGCCCCCGACUCUUUUCGGCAUUGCUAUACGGCAGGGAGGUGUUUACGGCGGACAACUACUACUUUGUGGUGCCGCUGCUUGCCCCCUUCGUUGGCUGUUUCGUGGGCGCGACCGUGUAUGAUUCGCUUCUCUAUGAGGGUAGCGGGUCGCGCAUCACGGACGCCUUGGAUAAAGCAGCGGAUCGUGAUGGUGAACUCCGAUUGGACUGA